AUGGGGUUAUCAUUUCGACAUUUUAAUUAUUUCGGAUAUGGAAUAUAUCAUGAUAUAAAGACAAGACUACCCUACUACAAAUCAGAUAUAACAGAUGCAUGGAAUUAUAGAGUUAUACCAAGUACUACAUUCAUAUUUUUUGCAAAUUUAUUACCAGCUAUAGCUUUUGCUCAAGAUAUGUUCGAUAAGACUAAUGAUAUGUAUGGAGUUAAUGAAGUUUUAUUAUCAAGUGCCUUGGCAGGUGUUGUUUUUGGAUUAUUUAGUGGUCAACCUUUAUGUAUUGUUGGUGUAACUGGGCCUAUUUCAAUUUUCAGUUAUACUGUUUAUGAUAUUAUCAAACCUAGAGGAACUCCUUAUUUUCCAUUUAUGUGUUGGAUUUAUUUGUGGUCAAUGGUUUUUCAUAUAAUUAUUGCAGUAGGGAAUUAUAUAAGUUGGUUAAAAAUUAUAAGUUUAUAUAGUUGUGAUAUUUUUGGAUUUUUUAUAAAUAUGGUAUAUAUUCAAAAGGGGAUACAAAUAUUGACUAAUCAAUUUGAUAAAGUUGAUUUAGCUUCGGGUUAUUGUUCAGUAAUGAUUGCGUUACUUAUGGUGAUUUGUGGUGUGGGAUCAAAUAUAUUUGGAAGUUAUUUACAUUAUUUCAAACCAUGGACUAGGAAAGUUUUUGUUGAUUAUGGAGUUGUUGCAUCUGUUAUAUUCUUUACUGGAUUUAUACAUUUUGGUGGGAAAUUAAAUAAGACAGAAUUAGCAAAAUUACCCAUUACUCAAUCAUUUCAACCAACAAAAUCAGGUUUAGAAAGACCACAUGGUUGGUUUAUACAUUUUUGGCCAGGUGAAAAUAUUGAUGUUGGAGAUGUAUUUUUAGCUAUACCAUUUGCCAUAUUAUUAACUUUUUUAUUUUAUUUUGAUCAUAAUGUAAGUUCAUUAAUGUGUCAAUCUAAAGAAUAUCCACUCAAAAAACCAGCUUCUUUUCAUUGGGAUUUUUUAUUAUUAGGUUUAACUACUGGAUUUGCUGGUAUAAUGGGAAUUCCACCACCAAAUGGGUUAAUUCCUCAAGCACCAUUACACACUGAUUCCUUGGUAGUUUAUGAUAAGUAUGGUAAAAGGCUAUCGGUGGUUGAACAAAGACUAACAAAUACUUUACAAGGAGCAAUGACAUUUGUAAUGAUGUCAAGACCAUUUUUGGUAGUGUUAGGUUUAGUACCACAAGCAGUAUUAUCUGGAUUAUUUUUCAUAAUGGCUUUAUCAGGAUUGCAUGGAAAUAUAGUCACAAAUAGAAUAAGGUAUUGGUUUUUAGAUAAAGAAUAUAUUGAGAAUGAUCCACAAUGUCCACAAGUUUGGAAAGAUAUCCAUAAAUUAGAAAACAAAAAAUGGUUUUAUAUAUACACAGUACUUGAAGUUGUGGGUGGAGUAGCAGAGUUCGUAAUAACAUUGACUAAAGGAGCAGUUGGGUUUCCAGGUGUCUUGCUAUUCUUAGCAUUAUGUGCAAAAUGGGUAUGGCCCUUAAUAAUACCCAAACAAGAAUUAGCAAAACUAGAUGGUGAUGUAGCUGAUCAAUUCAUACUAAAGAAUUUCACAGUAGCUGAAGAUGAGAAGAAACGUAGAAAAAAUAAAUUAAUGGAAGAAGCUGCUGAUGAUGAGAAGAAAUUUGAAAAUAAUGAUGAAUCUGCUGAAUUUACAAAUGAUGGGAUUGUGAGUGGUAGUGAUUAA